AUUAGAUAUUUUAAUAUUGCAAGAAAAUUAGAAAUGAGUAAAUAGUAGAAGACAGAAUUUAUUGAUGGAGAAUCAUAAUUGGAAAAGAAGAGGAAUAUCUGGCAGUGCAAAAAAAAAAUAUUGAAAUGGAAGUAAAUGGUGGGUGCUUAUAUCAGCAAAUCUCAUUGACUCUAGAAAAAAUACUACUCUAUGUUGAGAUAAAAAUGUAUAUAUACGUAUAAAAUUAAUACAAAAUAAAAUAUAACGUAAAAUAUCAUUUCCGUAAUCCGUACUAAGAAUCUUCACUACCUUUUUUGCUUUUUCAACGCCUAAGUACAACAAAGUAUAUACCUUUGUUGACUAUCUAAUUUGUUGAUUAUGUGGCAGCUAGUGGAUAAUGAAUAUAACUAAACGAUUGGCUUUCUGGAAUUCACAGUUUAUAUCAUUCAUCAAAAAUUCACUUUCUGAUUGGAUCGAUUAGCUUCAUCGGAUUCACCGAAAGAAAAAGGUAUGUAUUGUUCUGUGUAAAAUUCAUAUUUAACUUGGAAAUCUUGCCCUAUUUUCUUGGGUUAGCUAGGUAGGAAUUCUUUCCUAUUUUAGGAGUUUAUCUAGGAACCCUAAUUACAUAACGUUUAGGUGGUUUUAUAUCAAAUCGAUCUACAUCUUAACAUCUUCAAGCUUAAUUGUGGAUGCCCUAAUGCAGUUUCUCCCUCUCCAUCUCUCAUCACCUUUUUUUUUUUGACAAAAAUCUGCUUUAAAAGAAGAGAGUGAGUAACAAAGCUGCAUAUGAAAUGUCCGAAACUUAGGGAGAAGAAAGAUUUGAUGAAAAUAAACGAAAAGAAGAUUUGAUGAAAAUAAGCCUACAUGCGAAAUCCGCGAUUUUGAUUUGUAAAUCUCUUGCAUCAUCCCAAAUCUACCUUCUGGAAAUCUAUUCCGUCGGAAGAGAAAGGAAUUAUUCUGUGUAAAAUUGAUAGAAAUCUUGCCCUUUUUUCUAGGGUUAGCUAGCCAGGAAUCAUAAAUGAAAUCUUGCCUUCUAGGGUUAGCUAGCUAGGAUUAUCUAGGGAUCCUAAUUACAUAAAAUCGUUGGGACUGAUCAUGUGAUUUUAGAUGGUUAAUUAUAUGAAAUUGAUCACAUCUCAAGAUCUCCAAGCUAAUGUGAAGCAGUUUCUCCCUCUCUAUCUCUUAGCACUGAAUAUUUUCUUUACAGUAUUCAUCUAUUUCACAACAGAUCAGGAAUAUGGUGGCUUUAUAUAUGAAUACGAGGGUUAAUAACAUAAUUAGGAGUUAGGACUCUGAUUUAUUUCAAAUUAAUCCUUAAUUUAUGGUUUUAACUGUUCAUGUAGGAAAUUGAUAGUAGUAUUUUACAACAAAUAUGACCUAUAAAAGUUCACAGUUGGUAAGAGCAUCCACGAUGGAAGAGGGGCCAUCAUAUAAUGUGAAGGAAAUUGAUAAUACUUCCAAUGGGGCACAGUCGUCUAGGGGCACAACCAUUCCCAAACUGAGCGCAGUUUGCACGCGAUGCAGCAAGUUGGUAUCUGAAGCCGACUCUGAUCAUGUGUUGUUAAUCAAGUGCAAGUGUUCAGACACAUCUGAUCGUCUAGUGCAUGAUGGUUGCAAGGAUGAGUGGUCUCGACUCAGAGGGGAUAGAUGUUCUUUUUGCCAAGAACAGAUCUUGUAUAAGAAAGUGAAGAUAUCUUCCGACUCUACCCAAACUACCGGCGGUAGUUCUCAACGGCCAAAAGUUUCUAAAUGGAAGAGGUUUUGGUGCGGUUGGCAUGACUCUGAUGACUUCAAGGUUCAAAGCUAACCCACUUCAUCAUCCCCUGGACCUGAGUUAUAUGCUUUGAUUUUUUUUACCGGUUCUUUCACAUUAUAACUGGAUGAGACAAUGGAAUUGGAGCAGAUUAUUAAACCAGAUUUGAUUCCA